AUUGCUGUUCACAUAUUGGAUAGUUCCUUUGACUUGGCUGAAACAGCUCUUCCUCUGACAGUUGUUUCCUCACUUGAUGACAGAAAACAGGAUAAAUAGCCCUUGACAAUCUGGCCCAUCGAGAACACUUUUCCAGGAUAGAGGCAAAGGUCAGCAGUUCACCGGCAGUCGUUGAGAUGUGAGAAGGGGUCAUGCCUCUGAUCAAGAGAAACAUUGAGCCUCGUCACCUGUGCCAAGGUGCAGUGCCUGAUGGGAUUGGCAACGAACUGGAAUGUGUGACAAAUAACUCGCUGUCUGCCAUCAUCCGUCAGCUCAGCUGUCUAAGUAAGCAUGCAGAAAACGUGUUUGGGGAGCUUUUUAACGAGGCCAACACAUUUUACAGUCGUGCAAAUUCUCUCCAGGACCGUAUUGACCGCUUAGCAGUCAAAGUCACCCAACUGGACUCCAGCGUGGAGGAAGUGUCUCUUCAGGACAUAAACAUGAGGAAGGCCUAUCGAGGCACUGCGGUCCAGGACCAGGAGGUUUUGUCCAAAGGCAGCACUCCCAGCUCUGUUGCUGAAAUGCAUGAGGGCUGUGACAGGCCUCCCCCUCUUGGUGCCCUCACAGCUUACAGGGAGGACUCCACUGAUGCAAUGAAAUUCUACUCGGACCCCUCAUACUUUUUUGAUCUUUGGAAGGAGAAGAUGCUUCAGGACACCGAGGACAAGAGGAAAGAAAGGCGAAGGCAAAGGGAACAGAAGAGAAGUAUGGAGAGCAGCACCCUCCAGCGGGAGGUGAAGAAGGUGAGGAAGGCUCGAAACCGCAGGCAAGAGUGGAACAUAAUGGCUUUCGAUAAAGAGCUUCGUCCAGAUCACCGCCAUCCAAAAACUCUUCGACGAGGAGCGUCGUCAGAAGGCUCUCUCUCUCCUGAUGGCAGGCCUGACCUUCUGGACUACCCAAUCCCUCCAGUACCUGCUCACGCUGUUUGCAACUAUGCCAGGUCCCCUGAUUACAUCCCAGGAAAUGCACAUCCCUCACCACCUGUGGAGCACGAAUACCACAGCAUCGAUGUCAACUACAAGAGAGUAACUUACGCUGCAGCAGAGCCCCGUGUUGCACACAGAUUAAAUGGUUCUGCACGUCUGGCUGCAGAUUGCAACUCCGUUCCCCCUCCUCCUCUCCAAGGCCCACCCAUCCCAUCCGCCCAGACUGCAUUUGGCUUUCCACCACCACCACUGAAUAAUGGAGCUGUGCACAUAGGACCAGGGUACCCUCUCCCUCCGGUACCUCCUCCUGGGCCACAUAUGGCGCCUCCACCUCCGGGUCCCCCUCCUCCACCUCUGCCUCCCGCGGUCGCGCCCUCACACCCACCGAGACACAAAGAAACCAAACCGGUUAAAGAUGCCAGAAGUGAUCUGCUGUCUGCCAUUCGGAUGGGCAUCCAGCUGAAGAAAGUUCAAGAGCAGCAAGAGCAGCAGAACAAGAGGGAGCCGGUGGGGAACGACGUGGCCACCAUCCUGUCCCGACGAAUUGCAGUUGAAUACAGUGAUUCUGAGGAUGAUUCUGAGUUUGAAGAAAAUGACUGGUCAGAUUGACCUUGCAUAAGCUGAACCACGUGAUUGAUAUGUACUGUACUUUUAGGGAACCCUCUAAAAAAGGAAACUGAAUUGUGCUUGAACUUGUUUGGCUCCAUCUAGUGUGUAGACAGGGCCAUUUAUCUCAUGUGCAAAUACAUGCUUAUUUUGCACCUCUAGCGAAAUGCAUGAAUUAGAUGAAUAUUUACAUCUUCUACAUGCACAAAAAAAAUUAUGUGUGUUUCAUAGCUUAAAAAAUGUUUUGUCUUUAUUCCAGUAAUGUCCUCUAAAUCAAAACUGAUAAAUCAAAAACUUAUCUUGUCAAUGAGAAUUAUAAGUUUAUAAUCAUCAGACCCAUUUUUUUAACUAAAUAAAUUCUGAAAAUCCUCUGCAGGACAGUAAAGACCAAUAUAAAUAAUACAUGCCAUGUCUGACUGUCAUCCAUGUCGUUCUAAGGUGUCAUGGUCUCUGUUUGUGCCGCAGCCUUGGUAACAGGAAACUGAACACUUGUACAGAACAGAGGCACUGUCGAUGUUACAAGUUGAAGUGUGUGUGGGAUCAAAUCCAUCUAAAUUUUACAGAAAUAAUUGUUUAUAUGUUCAUUAUUGUAUGUAUGAAAUAUAUCACCCUAUUGUUCACAACUGUUAAA